AUGAGCCAAAUACCGCCUUCAGCCCCUUCUCAAGAGCAACAUAGUAUACCUCAACCAAGCAACCCUUUCUUAAACCCUUUUAUUCCACACUCUCUUCCGAGAUCCUUCACUGAGAUUGAUUCAAAAGGUAUCUCUGAUAAAGGACCUGCAAGAAUAUUAGAGCUUCCAAGAGCAGCUCCAUCAUCUUUCCAGCCUUCUGCAAACGCGUCUAAUCCUUUUCUUCCACCUCCAGCCAACUCUUCUAACUCUGGAAUUACUGAUCCAUCAUCUAAUCCGAUACAACAAGCGAGCCUAAUAUCAAAAUCAUCGCAAAUAAUUUUAAAAAAAGAAAGUACACAAGUUCAAUUUCAAAAUACUAACCCGACUGAAAAUCAAGCAAAAAAUUCUAUAGAACUAAACUGCCCUAUUUGCUAUGAAAAAUAUGGGGCUACCAGCAAUAUUCCUAAAGUUCUAUAUUGUGGCCAUUCUGUAUGUGAACAAUGCUUGAACAAAAUCCGCUUAGAAGCAAAUAAAAUAAUUUGUCCAUUUUGCUCAUGCCGAGAAAGACGCCAUUUUGCUGCAAUUCCUAUUAACUAUGCUUUAUUUGGGAUAAUUGGAGAGAAUAAGCCGCUUUAUGUUUGCAAAGAUCAUCAAAAAGAAAUUGGCUUGCUUUGCAAAGAUGAUUAUAGGCUACUUUGUAUUAGCUGCAUGGUAGAACACAAUAAACAUGAAGUUGUAUAGUUAAUUGGGGCCUUUUUAGCCACCAACAAACUGGCUAAUUGGUUUCAAAAAACUUCCUAUUCCAUCUAGAAACUGCUAUAAUAGGCUACUGGUUGCAAUUGUUUACUGGUGGUUAAAAAGGCCUGAUAAAGAUACUUUUAGAUGACCCAUUCGUUUUAGAAUUAGCAGAUAAGAAAAAGCAAGAAAUCGAGCAGCUGAAAUUUGAAAUUCAAGGAAAGCUUAAGUAUUGUGUAGAGGUUUUUGCAAAACUUGAAGAAGAUCAUAAGCGUAUUGCAACUCCGCUAAAGAAUAAUUUAAAUCUGCUUGAGAGGACUAGGAAUAAAUUAUUUAAUCUUAUUGAAAAAGCUUCAAGAAAGGUGAUAGAAGAAAAAAAUAAGAAUGGAAAUGAGGCAUUGAUAAGAAAUAAUGUGUUAAGAGACACUUAUAUUGCAUCAAAAAACAAAUACUUAAAAAGAUUUGAAAAAAUUAGUGAACUAUCUGAGGAAUUUGGUAAGUUAUCAAUUGCCCAACAAAUCAAUAGCGAAAUGGAAAUAUAUAAAGAAGAGUUUGCCAUGCCUAGAACAGAAGAUAUUGAGGAAUUUGAAGUAGAAUUAAUGGAGCCUGUUGAUUACGAAGCAGAAAUUUUAAAAAACUUCACUGAAUUGCUAAAAAUUAAUUAA